AUGUCCACGCCCACAGACCCUGGUGCGAUGCCCCACCCAGGGCCUUCGCCAGGGCCGGGACCCUCUCCUGGACCAAUUCUUGGGCCCAGUCCAGGACCUGGACCAUCCCCAGGUUCCGUCCACAGUAUGAUGGGGCCAAGUCCUGGGCCUCCAAGUGUCUCACACCCUAUGCCAUCGAUGGGGUCUGCUGACUUCCCGCAGGAAGGCAUGCAUCAAAUGCAUAAGCCCAUUGAUGGUAUGCACGACAAGGGGGUUGUGGAAGAUAUCCAUUGUGGAUCCAUGAAGGGCACCGCUAUGCGACCUCCUCAUCCAGGAAUGGGCCCUCCCCAGAGUCCGAUGGACCAACACAGCCAAGGCUACAUGUCACCGCACCCGUCUCCGCUGGGAGCCCCCGAGCACGUCUCCAGCCCUAUAUCGGGAAGUGGCCCAACCGCACCGCAGAUGCCACCAAGCCAGCCAGGGACCCUCAUCCCAGGCGACCCGCAGGCGAUGAGCCAGCCCAACAGGGGGCCCUCGCCUUUCAGUCCCGUCCAGCUGCAUCAGCUGCGAGCUCAGAUUUUAGCUUACAAAAUGCUGGCCCGGGGCCAGCCCCUCCCGGAAACGCUGCAGCUCGCGGUCCAGGGGAAAAGGACGUUGCCGGGCAUGCAGCAGCAGCAGGCGGCGCCUCAGCCGCAGCCACCGCCGCAGCCGCAGCCACCGCCGCCGCCGCAGCAGCAGGCCCUUGUCAACUACAGCAGGCCAUCUGGCCCGGGGCCGGAGCUGAGCGGCCCGAGCCCCCCGCAGAAGCUGCCGGUGCCCGCGCCCAGCGGCCGGCCCUCGCCCGCGCCCCCUGCAGCAGCACCGCCACCCGCAGCCGCCGUGCCCGGGCCCUCGGUGCCGCAGCCGACCCCAGGGCAGCCCUCGCCCAUCCUGCAGCUGCAGCAGAAGCAGAGCCGGAUCAGCCCCAUCCAGAAACCGCAGGGCCUGGACCCCGUGGAGAUUCUGCAGGAGCGGGAGUACAGACUUCAGGCUCGCAUAGCCCAUAGGAUACAGGAACUGGAAAAUCUCCCUGGCUCUUUGCCACCAGAUUUACGAACCAAAGCAACCGUGGAACUGAAAGCACUUCGGUUACUCAAUUUCCAGCGUCAGCUGAGACAGGAGGUAGUGGCCUGCAUGCGACGGGACACGACCCUGGAGACGGCCCUCAACUCCAAAGCAUACAAACGGAGCAAGCGCCAGACCCUGAGGGAAGCCCGCAUGACAGAGAAGCUGGAGAAGCAGCAGAAGAUCGAGCAGGAGAGGAAGCGUCGGCAGAAGCACCAGGAAUACCUGAACAGUAUUUUGCAGCAUGCAAAAGAUUUUAAGGAGUACCAUCGGUCUGUGGCCGGGAAGAUCCAGAAGCUUUCCAAAGCAGUGGCCACUUGGCACGCCAACACUGAAAGGGAGCAGAAGAAGGAGACCGAGCGGAUCGAAAAGGAGAGAAUGCGGAGAUUGAUGGCUGAAGAUGAAGAGGGCUAUAGAAAACUGAUCGACCAAAAGAAAGACAGGCGUUUAGCGUACCUCUUGCAGCAGACCGAUGAGUAUGUGGCCAACCUGACUAAUCUGGUUUGGGAGCACAAGCAAGCCCAGGCGGCCAAAGAGAAGAAGAAGAGGAGGAGGAAGAGGAAGGCUGAAGAAAAUGCGGAGGGGGAGGAGUCUGCCCUGGGACCAGACGGAGAGCCCAUAGAUGAGAGCAGCCAGAUGAGUGACCUCCCUGUCAAAGUGACUCACACAGAAACCGGCAAGGUCCUGUUUGGCCCAGAAGCACCCAAAGCAAGUCAGCUGGAUGCCUGGUUGGAAAUGAAUCCUGGUUACGAAGUUGCCCCUAGAUCGGACAGUGAAGAGAGUGAUUCUGAUUAUGAGGAGGAGGAUGAAGAGGAAGAGUCCAGUAGGCAGGAAACUGAAGACAAAAUACUUCUGGAUCCAAACAGCGAAGAGGUUUCAGAGAAGGACGCUAAGCAGAUCAUCGAGACAGCCAAGCAAGACGUGGACGAUGAGUACAGCAUGCAGUACAGUGCCAGGGGUUCCCAGUCCUACUACACGGUGGCCCACGCCAUCUCGGAGAGGGUGGAGAAGCAGUCGGCCCUCCUCAUCAAUGGGACCCUGAAGCAUUAUCAGCUCCAGGGCCUGGAAUGGAUGGUUUCUCUGUAUAAUAACAAUUUGAACGGAAUCUUAGCUGAUGAAAUGGGGCUGGGAAAGACCAUACAGACCAUUGCACUCAUCACUUAUCUGAUGGAGCACAAAAGACUCAAUGGCCCCUAUCUCAUCAUUGUUCCCCUUUCGACUCUAUCUAACUGGACGUAUGAAUUUGACAAAUGGGCUCCUUCCGUGGUGAAAAUUUCUUACAAGGGCACCCCUGCCAUGCGUCGCUCCCUCGUCCCCCAGUUACGGAGUGGCAAAUUCAAUGUCCUCCUGACUACUUAUGAGUACAUUAUAAAAGACAAGCACAUUCUUGCAAAGAUUCGGUGGAAAUAUAUGAUAGUGGACGAAGGCCACCGAAUGAAGAAUCACCACUGCAAGCUGACUCAGGUCCUGAACACUCACUACGUGGCCCCCAGAAGGAUCCUCUUGACCGGGACCCCCCUGCAAAAUAAACUCCCGGAACUCUGGGCGCUCCUCAACUUCCUCCUUCCCACAAUUUUUAAGAGCUGCAGCACAUUUGAGCAGUGGUUUAAUGCUCCAUUUGCCAUGACUGGAGAAAGGGUGGACUUAAAUGAAGAAGAAACUAUAUUGAUCAUCAGGCGUCUGCAUAAGGUGUUGAGACCAUUUUUACUGAGGAGACUGAAGAAAGAAGUUGAAUCCCAGCUUCCAGAAAAAGUUGAAUAUGUGAUCAAGUGUGACAUGUCAGCUCUACAGAAGAUUCUGUAUCGCCAUAUGCAAGCCAAAGGGAUCCUCCUCACAGACGGUUCGGAGAAAGAUAAGAAGGGGAAAGGAGGCGCUAAGACACUUAUGAACACUAUCAUGCAGUUGAGAAAAAUCUGCAAUCACCCAUAUAUGUUUCAGCACAUUGAGGAAUCCUUUGCUGAACACCUGGGCUAUUCAAAUGGGGUCAUCAAUGGGGCUGAGCUGUAUCGGGCCUCAGGAAAGUUUGAGCUGCUUGAUCGUAUUCUGCCAAAAUUGAGAGCGACUAAUCACCGCGUGCUGCUUUUCUGCCAGAUGACGUCUCUCAUGACCAUCAUGGAGGAUUACUUUGCUUUUCGGAACUUCCUUUACCUGCGCCUUGAUGGCACCACCAAGUCUGAAGAUCGUGCUGCUUUGCUGAAGAAAUUCAACGAACCUGGGUCCCAGUAUUUCAUUUUCUUGCUGAGCACAAGAGCUGGAGGCCUGGGCUUAAACCUCCAGGCAGCUGAUACCGUGGUCAUCUUUGACAGCGACUGGAAUCCUCAUCAGGACCUGCAAGCACAAGACCGCGCUCACCGCAUCGGCCAGCAGAACGAGGUCCGCGUGCUGAGACUCUGCACCGUGAACAGUGUGGAGGAAAAGAUCCUCGCAGCCGCCAAGUACAAGCUGAAUGUGGAUCAGAAAGUGAUCCAGGCAGGCAUGUUUGAUCAGAAGUCUUCAAGCCACGAGCGGAGGGCAUUCCUAAAAGCCAUACUGGAGCACGAAGAGGAAAAUGAGGAAGAAGAUGAAGUGCCCGACGAUGAGACUCUGAACCAAAUGAUCGCUCGACGAGAGGAGGAAUUUGAUCUUUUUAUGCGCAUGGACAUGGACCGGCGGAGGGAGGAUGCCCGGAACCCAAAACGCAAGCCCCGCCUGAUGGAGGAGGAUGAGCUGCCCUCCUGGAUUAUUAAAGAUGACGCCGAGGUGGAACGGCUGACGUGUGAGGAAGAGGAAGAGAAGAUCUUCGGGAGGGGGUCUCGCCAGCGCCGGGACGUGGACUACAGCGACGCCCUCACAGAGAAGCAGUGGCUGAGGACAUUGAAAGCCAUUGAAGACGGCAAUUUGGAAGAAAUGGAAGAGGAAGUACGGCUUAAGAAGCGAAAAAGACGAAGAAAUGUGGAUAAAGAUCCUGCAAAAGAAGAUGUGGAAAAGGCCAAGAAGAGGAGAGGUCGCCCUCCAGCUGAGAAACUGUCACCAAACCCCCCUAAACUGACAAAGCAGAUGAACGCUAUCAUUGAUACUGUGAUAAACUACAAAGACAGUUCAGGGCGACAGCUCAGUGAAGUCUUCAUUCAGUUACCUUCAAGAAAAGAAUUACCAGAAUACUAUGAAUUAAUUAGGAAACCGGUGGAUUUCAAAAAAAUAAAGGAAAGAAUCCGUAAUCAUAAGUACCGAAGCCUGGGUGACCUGGAGAAAGACGUCAUGCUUCUCUGUCACAAUGCUCAGACGUUCAACUUGGAGGGAUCCCAGAUCUACGAAGACUCCAUCGUCUUACAGUCGGUGUUCAAGAGUGCUCGGCAGAAAAUUGCCAAAGAAGAAGAGAGUGAGGACGAGAGCAACGAAGACGAGGACGAGGAAGAGGAAGACGAGUCAGAGUCAGAGGCAAAAUCUGUUAAGGUGAAAAUCAAGCUCAAUAAAAAAGAUGACAAAGGCCGGGACAAAGGAAAAGGCAAGAAAAGGCCAAAUCGAGGAAAAGCCAAACCUGUGGUGAGCGAUUUUGACAGCGAUGAAGAGCCGGAUGGAAAUGAACAGUCAGAAGCAAGUGGGACUGAUGAUGAGUGA